AUGGAUAUCAAUCAAGAUCAAGAGAGCAGUAUCCUAAACGAGGUGACUCAAACAGCAGUGAAGACUGUGAAUGAUUUCAGUGAAUCUUUAUCACCAGCAGACAAGAUGGCCGAGGCCAAAAAGAAGGCAGAUGUCGUUACUGAAAGUAUACCAAAGUUGAAAGCAGAUGCCUCCAUGCCCAACGACCAAGGCACAAAUGACUCGACCACACUUGCCAGCGCUAUUGCUUCUGCUGAAUCGAAGCCUGUCAAGAAACUGCCUCAGAAUGAAGAGCAACAAAAGCAAAAGAAGGCUUCACCUGGUUCAUUCACUACUGAUAAAAAGGUUGGCUGGGACGCGUUCUCCACACUUCCAAAUCCGGGCGAUGAGCAAGCUAUUGAAGAACUCGGCUCCAAGUUGGGAUUGGAUUCUCUCAUCAGCAUGUACAAAGGUGCUCGUACUGGCAGUAAGAAUGAAGAGGAUCUUGUAUCUCAGUUCUUGAAGGAAGCUUAUUACGGUGAAUGGUAUCACAAUGCUGCUGCCAUGUUAUUCACUGUGGUGUUCACCUGGCUUCUGACCCGCUUUGGUGGUGGUUUGAUGGCUUGCUUAGUGGUGGGUGCGUUCUUGGCCACAUACUACCAAACAUCUAUUCGUCGUUUGAGAAGAAACAUCAGAGACGAUAUCCAAAGAGAACUGGCCAUCAAUCGCUUGGAGACUGAAGUCGAGUCUGCAGAUUGGAUUAAUCAUUUCAUGUCAAGAUUCUGGUUGAUUUAUGAGCCUGUUUUGUCUGCUCAGAUUAUUGGUAUCGCUGACUCCAUCUUGGUCGAUAACUGCCCCGCUUUCCUCGACUCUAUUCGUUUGACCUCCUUCACUUUGGGCACCAAGGCACCUCGCAUUGAAAGCAUCAAGACACUCACCAAGACUGAACCCAACAUUGUCUGCAUGGACUGGAAGUUUUCAUUCAUCCCUAACGAUACUCUCGAUCUCACUGAGCGUGAUCGUCAAUCUAAGGUCAACCCCAAGAUUGUAUUGACGAUUCGUGUCGGUAAGGGCUUUGUUGGUGCUGGUAUGCCCGUCUUGUUGGAAGACCUCGCUUUCUCUGGUCAUUUGCGUCUCAAGUUUAGAAUGUUUAACGAGUUCCCUCACAUCAAGACUGUGGAAGCAUCCUUUUUGGAGAAGCCUCACUUUGAUUACGCUCUCAAGCCUGUUGGUGGUGAUACCUUUGGCUUUGAUAUCAAUAACAUUCCCGGCCUCGAGUCUUUUGUCCAAGAGCAAGUGCAUGCUACUCUUGGCCCUAUGAUGUAUGCACCCAACGUAUUUACUUUGGAUGUUGCUGGUAUGAUGUCUGGCGCAACCGAUUUGAAUUCUGCUAAUGGUGUCCUGAUUGUCAAGAUUCACUCUGCCAACGGUCUCAGAGACAAUGAUCUCUUUGGUACUUUGGACCCUUAUAUCACUCUUCAUAUUGGUAACGCCAACAAUGCUGAAGUUGGACGUACAAAGCACAUUGAGGACAACAAGAACCCCAAGUUUGAUGAAACCCUCUUUGUCUUGAUUAACAAUAUUAACGAUACUUUGGUUUUGGAAGUCAUGGAUCGUAACACUGGUAGAAGUGACAGUUCUAUUGGUACUUGUACCUUUGAUAUGAAGUCUCUUGGUGAAUCUGAUAAUCUUGUCGAAGGAUUGUCUCUCCCUGUAUUGAAGAAAGGAAAGCCUUCUGGUGAGGUCAAGUGCGAUUUCCACUACUUCCCUGUCAACAGUCCUGAUAAGCAAGAAGAUGGUACUGUUAUCCCUCCUGAAGAAUCUAACAGUGGUGUCUUGCGUUUCACUGUGCAUGAGUGCAAGGAGUUGGGUGGCCAGCAAAAGAGCGGUGGCAUCAGUAUUCCUGUCAUUGGCAGCAAGAGCGAUAUCAGUCCUUAUGCCGUUGUCAAGGUCAAUGAUGUAGAAAGACUUCGCACCAACCCCUUCAAGCGUAGCAUCAAUCCUCGCUGGGACAAACAAGUGGAACUCUUUGUUACCGACAAGACACAACUCAAUUUGCGUGUCAAUGUGCUUGAUUCUUCAUUUGACGAAAGAUUGUUGGGUCGUUGGGAUUCCAAAUUGGAAGACUUUGAGGAAGAUGUCUUUAUCAAUGGUCAAGAUUGGUGGACACUCAAGGAGGGCUCUGGUAAGAUUCAUUUGAGCAUGCAGUGGAAGCCUAUUACCAUGACGGGAUUCAACGAGGGCCUUUCUCAUGGUGGAUACCGUGCCCCUAUCGGUGUUGUGCGUGUUAACUUUAUCGGUGCCAAUGACCUCAAGAAUGUGGAGGCCAUGACCGGUGGAAAGUCUGACCCUUACGUGCGUGUCAUGUCUGGUGUGCAAAACCGUGGCCAAACUGAACGUGUGGAUGAUAACUUGGACCCUGUUUGGAACCAAGUGCUCUACAUUCCAGUUCACUCCAAGCGCGAAGAUUUGGUGUUUGAAGUCAUGGAUUACAAUGAAAGCUCCAAGGACAAGAGCUUGGGUAUCACAGACUUGCUUUUGAAGGAUAUCAUGAAAGAAAUCAAGACCGAAGAUGGCCAAAUCUACUAUGAACCCACUGACACCGUGGACCGUGAAGCUGCUUUGACCAGUUUGGAUCGCAAGAAGGGUCGUGGUACUCUCAAGUUUACCGCUUCCUUUUUCCCCACUUUGGCUUUGGCCAAGGAAGAUGAAAAGAAGAAGCAAGAACAACAACAAGAGGAGGGUGGAUCUGCUGAUAGCGGAGAAAUGUCAGAACCUGAAUUGAUUGAAAAGCCCAAGGAGCUCCCUGAAAAGGAUCUCCAUGGUGAACUGAUCAAGUACAAGGCCCUCUCUGCCGAUAAAAAGGUGAUUGACUUGAGCUCCUAUGAAUCUGGUGUGUUGGCUGUCAAGAUCCACUCUGUUGCCCUCAACGAAUCGUCCAAGGCAGUCGUUGAUCUCAUGUUGGACUCCAAUGACCCUCAAUUCAGCACUGUGGAACAAAAGGGAUCUCGCCUUGAAAUUAAUGAAACCGGCACUGCAUUCGUCAAGGAAAUGGACUUUUCCAAGCUGAUUGUUCGUGUCAGAAACGUGCGUGGCGACGGAGACAAGGAUGACAAGUCGCUUGGUCGUUGUACGCUUGAAGUGCGCAAGAUUGUGGACCGUUUGAUGAAGGCAUCUGAAGAUGAUUCAAUCACUGAACCUGUUGUAGAAGAGAUUCCUCUCUUGGACUCUCCUGGAGGCAAGAUCCGUCUCAGCUUCUCUUUCAUUCCUGCCAUCAAGUUCAAGUUGGAUCCUGCAGAGAGUCUCGAGAACCAAGGUAACUUGACUGUCGCCGUUGUCAAGGCAACCAACUUGACAGCUGCUGAUCGCAGUGGUACCAGUGACCCCUUUAUUCGCUUCUACGUCGACGAAGAGCGUGUCUACAAGACACAAACCUACAAAAAGACACUCAACCCUGUCUUCAACAAGGAUGAAACCUUCACUGUGCCUAUUGUCAACCGUAUUUAUACCCCUAUUAUCGCCAAGAUCUUUGAUUGGGAUCAAAUUGGCAAGGAUACCUUGAUCGGCCAAUGCAAGAUUACUUUUACUGGCGAAGAAGUUGAGACAUUUGUUACAUGCACCAAGGAAUUCAAUGUGGAUCAAGGAGGAUCUCUUACUCUUCGUUUGACCUGGAGACCUGAAUUAGUCGCUCGCAAGCGUUCUCAAACCAACAUCUUCUCUGCCACUACGCGUGUCUUCACAUCUGCUCCAGGUAAUGCCCUUGGUGCUGGCAAAGAUGUCGUCGGUGCUGGUCUUGGCGCUGGUGGAAAGGUCUUGGGCGCAGGUGGUAAAGCCUUUGGUUCAGGCGUCUCUGCAUUAGGCAGUGGCAUUCGUGGUAUUGGCAAGAUUGGAAAGAAGUCUCCCACUAUUGAUGAAAAUGAUGCUACACCUCUUGAUCGUGAAGGUGUCGCUGCUGCUCCUGCUGCUCCUGCUGCUCCUGUUGCUGAGAACAGCUCCAACAUCUCCACAUCACCUAGCAAUUCUGUCACUCAACAAAGCAGAUCCAUGUCUGCUGAUGAUGGUUAUGCCGUCCAAGUCAACUUGAUUGAAGCUAGAAACUUGAAGGCCAUGGACCGAGGAGGCACCAGUGAUCCUUAUUGUCGUGUGCGUGUGGGUGGAAAGGUUGUCUACAAGACUCGCCACGUUAAAAAGACAUUGACUCCUGACUGGAACGAAUCCUUCACUACCAAGGUAGAUUCCAACGGCGUCUUGGAUUUCAAGGUCAAGGAUCACAACACAAUUACCGAUGUAGAUAUUGGAGAGAACCAAUUUAAUGUUGCCAACUAUGUCAAGCCUGGUCAACCUUUUGACGGCUGGUUGUCUUUGUCGCCUGAAGGCACUGGUGAAAUUCACGUCAAGGUCACCUUGGUCGACACAGAUACGUUGUCUACUACUUCCAAGAGUGGAGGUUUGUUUGGCAAGAAGUAA